AUGUUGAGAGCUAAUAUUAGCAGACUUGGGAGACGUGUGAGUUUAUGGAGGAGCAUCCCAUGCAAAGGAUUCCACUCCCAGGGGUCCCAAUUGGCAGUUAAGCCAUAUAUGAUGCCAGCUAUGUCACCUACAAUGGAGAUGGGUGGUAUUGUUGAUUGGAAAGUGAAAGCAGGACAAGAAUAUGCAGCAGGGGAUGUCUUACUUGAGAUCGAGACCGACAAAGCACAGAUCGAUGUUGAAGCUUUAGAUGAUGGUAAACUCGUAAAGAUCCUGAAACAAAAUGGUGAAAAGGACAUUGCAGUCGGUACCAGUAUCGCUAUCAUUGCUGAUGUUGAUGAUGAUGUGAGUGCGGUUGAUAUAGAUUCUCUAGUAGCGGGUACUAAAAAGAAGACAAUAUCAAAGAAAGAGGAGCCAGCCAUAACGAAGGAAACAAAAGUCGCUAGUACUGUAAAUGGUACAACUCAAUAUGUGGCCAAUAAAGAGCAGACAUUACUUCCUUCAGUAAGUAUGUUGUUGACUGAAAAUGGUAUUUCCAAGGAAGAUGCGUUAAAGAGUAUCCCAGCAACAGGGUUGCAUGGAACUCUUUUAAAGGGUGAUAUUCUAUCUCAUAUUGGAAAGAUUCCUAAAGAUUCAUCUGUUGCAAUUGAGGAAUAUAUUAAUAAGUCAAGGCAUUUAGAUUUAACCGGUAUUGAGAAGAAAAUUUUGACUGCUGCACAAACGAAUGAUACUAAUACUACUACUGUUGCAGAAAAGAAACCUCAGACUGUAAAGAAACCUACACAUGUGCCAGAUGUUGUUUUAAAACAAGAUAUCAUGAUGGAAGUACCAUCAGAUGUUAGUUAUGACCACUUGUAUAGUUCAGUGAAAAUUUUCUUACAAGAAGCCUAUCAAUACGCUCAUCUUGGGGAUCUUGUAGGGAACCAAUCUGAACAUUAUGAUCCUAUCUUUGAAGAGUUGAUUACUGUGGAGCCUCGUGCCAGUAGAUUCGGAUACAAGUUUAGUUUAGUGUCAAUGGAUAACGGUAAUCGCAAGAUGACCUCUCAAACAAACGAUAUAUUUGAUAUUCUUACCAGCACUAAAAAGCAAAAUAUUUCAUCUAUGGAGGAAAUAAAUGGUGAUCAGUCUAUAAAUUAUUUGUUAAAUUUAGAUGUGACAGUGAAUGGUAACUUUUCUGAUUCCAAGACAAAAGCUAAUACAUUCUUAGCAUAUGUAAGAGACCUACAGGAUGUUCAAGGUUAA